CACCGUCCUAGGCUAGAACCUCGCCGCGCUUGAAUUGUGUGCGAGCGAGCGCACUUCGACUGGCGCGGGGAGACGAGCGGCCAGUGUACCGUUACCCUAGGUUACCCUAUGCAGCGCGAGAUCAUGGAGGUGCCAGCGCUAAAUCACAUGAACACCAACAACAUCAAGAAGCUCGGGGGCAACGGCAAAGACGGCUUCAAGAAUCAACGGAAAGAUUCGGAGGGUUCUAUGGACUCUCCCAACCUGGAGUUUGAAUAUGGAGACACGGACACCACUACUGCUGAACUGUCAGAGCUCUACAGUUACACAGAAGAACCUGAGUUCAACCUCAACCGGGAGUACUUUGAGGAAGACUUCAGAAAACAUGUGACGGGUCGGAGGUGGGCGGAGCUGGAGGGGGCGGAGCAAAAGAGUCAUGUGAUGCGUCUACUGGACGCGCUGGAGGUGACCGACAGAAACCGGAGACUCACCGUGGCACGAGCCAUCCUGUACCUGGCACAGGGUGUGUAUGCAGAGUGCAGCUGUGAGGAGGAAGUGCUGCGCAUGUCCCGUUCCAACGUCUUCCUCCUCUACCAGAUGGGCAUCUUCAACGCUCUACUGGAACUCCUGGCCAUGGAGAUAGAAAACAGCCAGGCAUGCAGCAGUGCUGUAAGGAAACCAGCCAUAUCUCUUGCCGACAGCACAGAACUCAGAGUGAUCCUCAGCAUCAUGUACCUGAUGGUUGAGGUGAUGCGGCAGGAGGAGGAGGAGGAGCCUCCUGAAUGGAAGAACGCAAGACAGGCUUUCAAGACAGAACUGGGUUGUCCUCUGUAUAAUGGUGAGCCGUUUGCCCUGCUGCUGUUCGGUAUGGUGACCAAGUUCUGCAGCAUGAGCGCUCCACACUUCCCCAUGAAGAAGGUCUUACUACUGCUCUGGAAAACAGUACUGCUGACGCUGGGGGGUCUGGAGGAGCUCCAUGAGUGUAAGGUGUGUGUGCGUGAGCGUGCGGGGCUGCCCCCCCUGCCUGAGGACCCCCUGCAGGUGGUCAGAAUGAUGCGCGCCGCCUCCCCCCCACCCUCCGCCAUGGAACUCAUCGAACAGACGCAGCAGAAGAGGGGCCGACGCAGCCGCAGGAGUGCCUAUGUUGAUAGUUUGGAAGGAGACAGUCCCUUUGCCAAGAAACAGCCUCUGCUAAAGCAGGACAGCCUGGACUCCUAUAACGAGCGGGACCCCUUCAAGAGUGAGGAGUCACGUGACCCGUUCAAGAGCGAAGAGGCGCGCGAGGAAGAGGAGGAAGAGGAGGCGGAGGCGGCCCUGGACCACGACGUCGACCCCCUGGAACGCGAUGAGGUCAUCCGCGACGCCAUCAUCCAGCCCCCGCCCAUGCCCCCCCUCCUCAGACCCCCCUCCGAUAGACUCACCUUCCCCCGGGGCCUGCCCUGGGCUCCCAAAGUCAGGGAAAAAGACAUCGAGCACUUCCUUGAAAUGAGCAGGAACAAGUUCAUCGGCUUCACACUGGGAGGGGACACAGAGACGCUGGUCGGUCUCCCGAGACCCAUCCAUGAAAGUGUAAAGACACUGAAGCAGCAUAAGUACGUGUCAAUGGCAGAGGUCCAGAUCAAGAGGGAGGAGGACCUUCAGCAGUGUCCCAUGACCAUGGGGGAGGAGGAAGUGGAGGAGACCCCAGCUGAGAUUCUAUAUCAGGGAAUGCUACCCAAUCUCUCCCAGUAUGUGAUUGCUCUGUUGAAGUUGCUGUUGGCUGCUGCCCCCACCUCCAAAGCCAAGACCGACUCCAUCAACAUCCUGGCUGACGUCCUUCCAGAGGAGAUGCCAGUGACGGUGCUUCAGAGCAUGAGGCUGGGUAUCGAUGUGAACCGGCAUAAGGAGAUCAUCGUGAAGGCCAUCUCAGCACUGCUGCUGCUGCUACUCAAACACUUCAAACUCAACCACAUAUACCAGUUUGAGUACAUCUGUCAGCACCUGGUGUUUGCCAACUGUAUCCCCCUCAUCCUCAAGUUCUUUAACCAAAACAUCAUGUCUUACAUCAGCGCCAAGAACAGCAUAUGUGUUCUGGACUUCCCCCACUGUGUGGUUCAUGACAUGCCAGAACUGACUGCAGAAAGCCUGGAGGCCACCGGGGACAGUAGUGAGUUCUGCUGGAGGAAUCUCUUCUCCUGCAUCAACCUGCUGAGAGUUCUCAACAAGCUGACCAAGUGGAAACACUCACGCACCAUGAUGCUGGUGGUGUUCAAGUCUGCUCCCAUCCUGAAGAGGGCGCUCAAGGUAAAGCAGGCCAUGAUGCAGCUGUACGUGCUGAAGCUGCUGAAGAGCCAGACCAAGUACCUGGGCCGCCAGUGGAGGAAGAGCAACAUGAAGACCAUGUCCGCCAUUUACCAGAAGGUCCGGCACAGACUCAACGAUGACUGGGCCUACGGGAACGACAUGGACGCCCGUCCUUGGGACUUCCAGGCGGAAGAGUGUGCGCUGCGCGAGAGCAUCGAACGCUUCCAUGGCCGCCGCUACGAGGGUGGCGGUGCCAGUGGGGGGGCCCGGGGCGGUCCAGGGGGGGGCCCCGGCGGCGGCUGCGGCGCAGGUGGGGCCCCAGGUGAUCUGACGGCGGUGGACAACUGUCUGAGCAGCGUGUUGGGGCGACGCGUGGAGUUGCCCCCCGACUUCCCCCGAAGCUACCCCCUCUGGCUGGAGAGGGAGGUCUUCGCCCAGCCCAUUCAGUGGGAAGGCCUACUGCAGGCUCUCUGAACACCAGGACUCUGUGUGUGUGUGUGUGUGUGUGUGUGUGUGUGUGUGUGUGUGUGUGUGUGUGUGUGUGUGUGUGUGUGUGUGUGUGAGGUGUUCGCUCAGCCCAUUCAGUGGGAAGGCCUACUGCAGGCUCUCUGAACACCAGGACUCUGUGUGUGUGUGUGUGUGUGUGUGUGUGUGUGUGUGUGUGUGUGUGUGUGUGUGUGUGUGUUUUAUUAUACAUUAGGCUAUUGUCUUUCUCACUGGUUAUUUUGAAUGCACAUAUAGGGCUUAAUGUGACAGCAUGGCACACUGGAGCACGGCAACACACACGUUUUUACUGACAGACAGAUGAUUCUCUCUCACACACACACACACACACACACACACACACACACACACACACACACACACAUACUGGUGUUGUAAUUACAUCUGUAAGAAUACUUCUACUUUAUACAACUCUGUAGACACACACACACACACACACACACACACACACACACACACACACACACACACACAGACACACACACACACACACACACUGAUUCAACACAAACUCACACACACACUCAAAGGUUAUGAUGGUGCUGUUACACAAGUAAGACAAAAGCAGAACACACACAGACCACAUUGUGCUCCAAACAUACACAAGAACACACACAAUCUCAUACAAUACACACAUGGACUACACCGUGCUCCAAAAGUUUGUGCACCACACACAAAACAAAACUUCAACAAAAAAUUUCACCCCAGAUUGCGGAUAUUCAACAAUACAAUCUCACCCCAGAUUGUGGAUAUUCAACAGCGAAAUCACACUCCAGAUUGUGGAUGUUCAACAGCAAAAACUCACCCCAGAUUGUGGAUAUUCAACUACAAAAACUCACGCCAGAUUGUGGAUUUUCAACAGCAAAAACUCCCCCCAGAUUGUGGAUAUUCAACAACAAAAUGCAUUUGAUAAUGAAGUCCAGGUGGAAUGCUACCUGGAACAGUUUCUUUGUAGAGAUGGUGCUCUUUGGAGACUAAAACAAGUUAUAACAAAAUGGAGGGUACAUACUUUCAGACACUACGUGUGCGUUCCAAUAUGCGACCUUGCGUCCUCCACUUAUGCUUGUGGCCUCAUACCAGGAAGUAAUGUGUCAUGAUGACAUCACUGACAACAGCAUUAUAUUUCAAUAUCUCGCAAAAUGUCAAUUUUGAAGUCAUUUUCUCAUUUGCAAUUGGGAUGGUGAAUGAAAAACAGUCCCCCAAAAGUUGUUGUGGCUAGGCUGACAGCUGGGAAACGUUAUUGUUUUCUCCAUGGAGGAGGGGCCAGGAGGCUGGGCGAGGCCACAAGCACAAGUGGAGGACACAAAGUCACAUAUUGGAAUGCAGUCUUCGAUGUUUCUGCAGCAGGAAUGGUGGCUUUGUGUCUUGGACCCAUGGAUGAUGGUGCCCCCAAAAUCAGAACGGAGAGGCGAUGUGCGCGGGGAGUCUUCAAGAAAGUCAUAGCUCUGGUAUCUGUGCCACCACGUUUUCAACCAUCGUUUGUCUCUUGGACUAGCGAAUUGUGGAGGUGCUUGGCCCUCCAAAUCAGAACUGAGAGGCGAUUUGCGCGGGGAGUCUUCAAGAAAGUCAUAAUUCUGGUAUCUGUGCCACCAUGUUUUCAAGCAUAGUAUGCUGCUGCCAAGGUCUUCCAAGAUCUACCUCCCUCCUCCCCGCAGGGUUUCCUUGACCUACGCAAAGCAAUGGCUAGGACACUCUAAAAGUGCAGAUUUUUCAAAUAUUUGCUUUGUCUCUGACAGUGCAGCUUUUCUAGAUAUUUCUUUGGCCCUCCUCGUCAAUGCUACCAAAACGAUUCCCUCUGUAUCGUGUUUCAUGAUAAACCAAGACAUUUAUAGACUGAUGAAAUAUUACAAAAAACACUUUUAUCAGGUGCAAUCAAUUUUGAAGCAAAAAGACAAUUUUGUCCAUUUUGGGUGCAUGAACGUUUGCUUUUGGGACACAGAGAACCAGUGAGAUUGAUGCAAGGUUGUGCCAUAAAACUGUUUUGGUGAGGGGGAGAGAGAGAGUGUGUGUGCGUGUGGUUGUCUGUACUUGUUUGCGUGUUGCACAGCUUCAGACUUAAAAGUUUACAUUCUGUUAUAGUUGUUGUUUUUUAAGUGACACAGCAUCCGUUCUGGAAAUAAUCUAAUUUCCACUCUCCUUGUAGUUAAAUAAUUGAGUUUUAACCUCUUCUCCUGUAACAAUAAAGGUUUAACCUGUCUCCUGUAAUAA